UCAAGGUCAAAACAAAACCUUCCAUUUUGGACUUUCGAAGAAACCACGAAACAACGGAAAAGACACGUUCAUUUUCCUUUCACAUCUGUCCCUUCUUUUCUCUCUAAUAUAGCCUAUGUGCCGGGCUUCGCUGAAUUUGUCAAACGCAACCUGUAAUCAUCCAUUUUGCAACCUUGAAAAUCCUUGCCUUUCCUUUUAUUAGUUACCCUCAAAUUGUCGGGUUUUAAUUUAGUCUGUCUGGGUUCUGCUUUUGCAAACUUAACUGAAGGGUGUUCCUGCUCAUAAUCAAUACGAGAAAUAAUGGUUCAGAUCAGCGAAUUUCGAGUCGUUAUGCCUCUAUCAUUGGAAGAGUAUCAAGUAGCUCAGAUGUAUAUGGUUAUGAAAAUGCAACAGCAAAACACCACAGGGAGUGAAGGGGUUGAGGUUCUGGAGAACAGACCUUUUGAAGAUGAUGAGUUUGGAAAGGGGCAAUACACAUCCAAAAUAUAUCGGUUACAAAGCAAAGCCCCUACUUGGUUGACUAAAUUUGCACCAACAGAUGCUCUUGUGAUGCAAGAGGAGGCAUGGAAUGCAUUCCCAAGAUGUAAAUCAGCAGUUAUUAGGUGCCCAUAUUUCACAAGGUUUCUUUUAACAAUUGAAACUAUUCAUAAGGCUGACAAUGGACACUCUGAAAAUGUGCAUAGCCUAAACAAAGAACAACUGUCAGUUAGACAGGUGGAAAUGAUAGACAUAGCUUCAGAUGCAAAUGAUUAUUGGAGUUAUAUAGUUGGGAGGAACAGUAUUGAUUUUUCUCAAUUCCAGUCAGAGGUGACUGGCCGUGGACCACUUUUAGAGGGAUGGCAGGACCAGUGUAAUCCAGUUAUGACGGCGUACAAAUUGGUGACAAUAGAUGCUCCAUACUGGGGCUUUGGCAGCAGACUUGAAAAUGCUCUGCUUGCGGGUGAGAGGGCACUUUUCCGCGAAAGUCAUCGGAAUUGUUUUGCUUGGAUUGAUGAAUGGUUUGGACUGUCAAUGGAAGUGAUGCGUGAGCUAGAGAAUCAAAGUGAUUCCUCACUGAACCAGGUGAUGCAGCAUGGUUUACGCAAUCAAUUGAACCUGUUAGUUUGCCUAGCCUCCUGCUGAUAAAGAGUGCAUAAUUUGAUGACCAUGGUUUAGGCAGGCCAUACGCUAGAUAUGCGAUGGUGGGAUCUCACUACAUCCCCCCUGUUAAAUUCCCAAGUAUCAUAACCGGAGUCAGACUGUCAAGGACUGAAUCGCAAAAUGAUGUGAGAUUAUAUAUGUAGCUUCCACAACACAGUUUAGCACUUAGUUGUCACAUUUUCAGCUGGCAUUAUAGCCUCAAGCAUGGUAUGCAGGUUGUUCCGCCAGUUAGCACUCACUGGUUCUGCUAUCUCACUAUCGCGAAUGGUUCUCAAGUGGAUGCCGGUGGACCAUAAUUGAGAAUUCUUAGGACUUAGGAGUUAUCUUAUUCAGUGAUCAUCAAAGGUGCAUUCAAGGCUUUGUUUCAUUAAGGGGGCACAUAUUAGGAUGCACUGGGUUUGGCACAUAUAUAAGUUUGUAUUUGUGUGUUUUGGCCACUGCAAGUACUUCUACCAUGCAAAACAUCAAUUUCAAGCCAACAUGAAUAUAUAGGUGUUCAAGAAAUAAAAACUUUACUGUUUCUCAAAA